GGAUUUAGGGGGCAGAGAGAGAUUUAGGAAUUGAUAGGUGGUCGCGUUUUGUUUGGCCGACGGGAUAUGCGCUAGAAAGUCGAGGAGCUUUAUGUUUCCCUUCUUAAAGGAUUAUUAACAGCGAUGGCCAUAGAGAGAUGUAGGAGGAGCAGCGGCCGCCACGAUACACAGCUGGUUGUAUUGAUUGUAACAGCAAUAAACGCGCAGUGAAUCGCGAAGGAGCACUGACCUCUCCAAUUAACGCAUUUGAAAACAUAUUUUCAUAUCGUUUCAAGGGGUUAUGCUGAAUAACUGAACCAAGAUUGAAUAACAAAGGCAACGGUCACUUUGGCUAUCAGUUGUGUCCUUACGUUAACCAGGGGGCAAACAUGACGACGGAGAGCUCUGAACAUCUGGAUACUCUGACAUCAAGUCCAGCGACUGGUGUGAUGCAUGCUGCUUUGGUCAGCUCACAGCCACUGAUGGAAAACACGGCAAAUGCGUCCACCAAAGGAAAAAAGGGAAACUCGGGCUUGAGGCGACCCGAGAAGCCGCCUUAUUCAUACAUCGCUCUAAUUGUGAUGGCAAUUCAAAGUUCUCCGACCAAGAGGCUAACUCUGAGUGAAAUUUAUCAGUUCCUUCAGGCCCGUUUUCCGUUCUUCAGAGGAUCCUACCAGGGAUGGAAAAACUCUGUCCGCCACAACUUGUCUCUAAAUGAGUGUUUUAUUAAAUUGCCAAAGGGCCUUGGUAGACCAGGAAAGGGUCAUUACUGGACCAUUGACCCGGGUAGUGAGUUUAUGUUCGAGGAAGGCUCUUUUCGACGCAGACCCCGAGGAUUUCGCAGGAAGUGCCAGGCUCUAAAACCUAUGUAUCGGAUGAUGAAUGGCAUAGGAUUUGGUGCCUCAAUACUUCCCCAGAAUUUUGAUUUCCAAUCGCCCUCCGCCUCUUUGGCGUGUCAUGCCAACACCUACAAUUUGGAUUUGAUGGCCAGUACAGUGCCAGGGAGUUUUGAAGGGCUAAAUGGAGGGCAUCAUGUCUCACACAUGUCACCUGGCCCAGGCUCGUCCUAUAUGGCAGGUUGUCAGGUGCAACCUAACGACUACUGCCCCGAUAGCGGCAGUAGCCCUUUGCACUCCUCUUCGUCGAUGGUGGGGACCUUGGACUGUCAGUCUCCUUACGCGAGUGCCCCAUCACACUGGACAUCCCCAGGUGUAUCUUCAUACAUCAAGCAACAAUCUCUGGCCUCGAACAGUCCCACACCCUCAGCGUUGCACUCGAGCAUGACCCCAUAUUCCUUGGAACAGAGCUAUCUCCAUCACAAUGGAAGAGAUUCAGCGGAUAUGUCUGUGGGACUGUCUCGGUACUCAAGUCACUCAUCACCUGUGUGUGACAGGAAAGAUUUUGUUUUGAACUUAAAUGGGAUCUCCUCGCUUCACCCGAGCACGAGUGGAUCCUACUACCACCAGCUGCAGCACCAUCACCAGAGCGUUUACCAAGACGUCAAGCCAUGUGUCAUUUGACAUCAAACCAUCUUGGAGCAUUUAAUCUACAAAUGCGAUGAAAAAAAAAACUUUUCUACAAUGAUCCAACUUUUACACCCUGCCAAACUAUCAACCUGAAAUUGAUUUUUUUUAUUACCAGUUUGGAAUUUUGAAUGACCUUUUUCACCCUUUGAAGAGCUCCUGGCUGAAUAUGAGAAUACUAUAGUCUCAAGUCAAUCUAUUUUUAAAUACCUUGCUUAUUACACCAUGUUAGUGUUUGUCCAAGUUAUCAACAUAGACAAUCUGCAAUAUUCAAUCACGUUUACCAACAGAAGCACAGUCUCUCUGCCUUAUUCCUAUAACUAUGCACUUAUUCUUGUCCCCAAGAGUUUUCUGUUGCUGUAGCCAACAGUGAGUCAAUAAAGAGUUUUAUUUUAAACAG